AUGAAUACAACGUUGAACACGUUGACGGCGCACAAGCUACUAGUGGAGCGUGAGAAGAUGUUGGAAGUAUUCCAUCUUGUGGAAGAGAACGAGAACACGGCUUCGCUACUAGAUCCUGCCAAGAAACAAGCUACUUUGCAAGCGAUGCAGGAGAAAUUGAACGAGUUGAAAAAGACAGAAAGACAGUGA